AACUAAUAUUAUAAAUGCGAAAGUAACUCUGUCUGUCUGUCUGUCUGUCUGUCUGUCUGUUACGCUUUCCCGCUUAAACCUCGCAACCGAUUUUGAUGAAAUUUGGUACAGACAAUCUUUAGACCCUGAGACAGAACAUAGGCUACUUUUUAUUUCGAAAAAAAGGGAUGAAGGAGUUGAAAUAGAGGUUGAAAGUUUGUAUGGGAUUUCUUAAUUUUAAAAGAUAAAACCAUGAAACUUUAUAUUUAAGCACUUGAUAAGAAAUCAUUAAACAUUUGUUCUAGCAUUUUUGAAAUUUCGACCAGCUAAGGGGUGAAAUAAGGGUUGAAAGUUAGUAUGCAAGUUCGUCAAAUAUCACGUCAUAAGAAACAAAAAAUCGUUUGUUCUAGCAUUUUGAAAUUUUUACCAGUUUGGGGGUGAAAUAGGGGUUGAAUUGAAGAUAAGACCAUGAAUCUUGGUACGUAGGUCUCAAAGGAUGUGCAGAAUUUUUCUACAAACGGAAUUCCCGAAAUUCGAACGGAACGGAUUCGGAACUGGAACUACAAAGCCAAACUUUUUGUAUACGAAAUCUUAAUCACUGAACCUAGGAACAUGUAAUUUAGAAGUUUUGGGUGUAUCAAGUUACAAAAAAGUUCGUUUUUGAAGUUUAAAUUCCUUUUAACGAAUACUCUGCAUCGCCGCCGCUGCCGUCGGUCGUCGUCGCGCACAUUCGCCGAAGUGUGGCGGCAUCUGCGGCAGGCAACGGCGCGGCGCUGUCGUGUGGUGGGGGAGCGCACGAAUCUAACUAUGCCUACCCGAACGGGCAGACACGUGAGGGCAGACGUCGUUGUCGGACGCAUGCGAUUAGAGAAAUUUGCGCUAUAGAGAAUUACAUUUUUCGAUCCAGUAAAAUUAUUUUUUUUGUUUCGUAUAACUUUUUAAGUGUUUUUUAUUAAUUAGGUCCUGUAAAUUAAUUUUGUACAUACUUGAUAUUUCUUUUAGUUCAUAGUUAAAAGUAGGUAAGAUAGUUUCCGUUACUUUAAAAAAAUCCGAUUUGCUUUUAUUUCCUUUUUUUAAUUAAUCUAAGAGGUCGUAGUAGGUGUAAAACUAACCUAAGCUACUAACCUCCUACUUUUUUAUGCAUUGGUUGUAAAUAAAUAUUGAUAAUUUAAUUUCUUAGUUACUUUUUUCCAUUUAAACGUGACGGACGAUGUGUUUAAUUGACAUCGCCGUGGGAUGAGCGCAUCAUUUUUACCGGGUAGGUGCUUAUUAAAGGUUUUUUUAAUAUAAUAAAUCUUAAUCUGUACAUCUGUUUUGUUCGAUUCAUUUCAUUUUUGUUUUUCUACGAUGCCUCGCAAACGAAAGUCCAAUUUAGCUAAUAGCUCUAGCAGAGCUCGGGCUGCUAAACUUGCUAGAUCACUGGAAUCAGAAGAGGAUUCACAGAUCCGUCGGACUUUAGAUGCCGAGCGUCACGCAGCUCAAAGGGCUGCUGAAACUUUUGAGCACACGCAGACCCGUCAUAAUUUAGACGCUGAUCGUCAUGCUGCACAAAGGGCUGCAGAGACCCCUCAGCAGACCCAAGCUCGCCAAGUCAUUGAUGCCGAGCGUCACGCGGCUCAAAGAGCUGCUGAGACCUCUCAGCAGACCCAAGCUCGCCAAGUCAUUGAUGCCGAGCGUCACGCGGCUCAAAGAGCUGCUGAGACCUCUCAGCAGACCCAAGCUCGCCAAGUCAUUGAUGCCGAGCGUCACGCGGCUCAAAGAGCUGCUGAGACCUCUCAGCAGACCCAAGCUCGCCAAGUCAUUGAUGCCGAGCGUCACGCGGCUCAAAGAGCUGCUGAGACCUCUCAGCAGACCCAAGCUCGCCAAGUCAUUGAUGCCGAGCGUCACGCGGCUCAAAGAGCUGCUGAGACCUCUCAGCAGACCCAAGCUCGCCAAGUCAUUGAUGCCGAGCGUCACGCGGCUCAAAGAGCUGCUGAGACCUCUCAGCAGACCCAAGCUCGCCAAGUCAUUGAUGCCGAGCGUCACGCGGCUCAAAGAGCUGCAGAGACCCCUCAGCAGACCCAAGCUCGCCAAGUCAUUGAUGCCGAGCGUCACGCGGCUCAAAGAGCUGCUGAGACCUCUCAGCAGACCCAAGCUCGCCAAGUCAUUGAUGCCGAGCGUCACGCUGCUCAAAGAGCUGCAGAGACCUCUCAGCAGACCCAAGCUCGCCAAGUCAUUGAUGCCGAGCGUCACGCGGCUCAAAGAGCUGCAGAGACCCCUCAGCAGACCCAAGCUCGCCAAGUCAUUGAUGCCGAGCGUCACGCGGCUCAAAGAGCUGCUGAGACCUCUCAGCAGACCCAAGCUCGCCAAAUCUUAGAUGCUGAGCGUCAAGCUCCACAUUUUAACAAAUGA